AUGAGUUCUUCAUCAAGCUCUCGUGAACCUUCACCAUCUAUGAAACAAACUUUACCAAACGAUUAUGGAGCACCUAUUGAAUAUUUCUUACGAGCUGCACAAUGGCAAAGAGCAGUCUCACCAAGGUUAGGUGUUCCACCAGCUCCUGUCAAAAAUAGCAUUUGGUCAAGUCCUUAUAUAAAAUAUGGUCUCCCACUAGGUUUGCUAGCUACAGCAGUAGCAGUUAUGAUGUUGAAAAGAAAUAAAGCAAAUGUUGUAAAUAAUACUGAAGUAGUUGAAGUUAAACAAACUCCAACACCUUCGCCAAAACCAACGUCAAAAACCAACGCCUUCACAAACAACACCUUCAAUGACUCUUGA